GAGAGAGUAACAGAAGCCACGCUGAGCGAGAGUGCGCUGCUGUGUGUAGCAGCAGCGGCGGCGACGGUGUGUUUGGUGGAGUGCCACAAAAGUUUGGUGUGUGGAAGCUGAUUUUCCGCCUCCGACGGGGCCAACCGCGCGAGCGCUUGCAUGCGAUUUCAACGUGGAAGAACCGACACGAAUAAACAAGACAACAAAAACCACCACAAAAUAGUCCUCGACAGGCAAGAACCACACCAUGGACGAUGAUCAGCAGUUCUGUCUCCGAUGGAACAAUCACCAGAGCACACUCAUCUCGGUGUUCGACACACUGCUGGAGAAUGGCACUCUGGUCGAUUGCACAUUGGCGGCCGAAGGAAAGUUCCUGAAGGCACACAAAGUUGUUCUCUCGGCCUGCAGUCCCUACUUUGCGACCCUACUCUCACAACAGUACGACAAACAUCCAAUCUUCAUACUCAAAGAUGUGAAAUUUCAAGAGCUUCGCGCCAUGAUGGACUACAUGUACCGCGGCGAGGUGAACAUUUCCCAAGACCAGCUGGCCGCCCUGCUCAAAGCGGCCGAAUCCCUGCAGAUCAAGGGAUUGUCCGACAAUCGUAGCUCCGCUUCCUCGUCGGCUACCGCGGGAGGGCUGCACCAACAACAGCAGCAACAGCAGCAGAAGCAGCAGCAACAGAGCGAGGGUUCCGCGGCGAAAACGCUACAGCCACCCGUACCUGCAAACAAGGCAUCAGGUCUGACGAUUGAAAACAAACGACCUUUAAAGUCGGAACUGCUGGAUUCGGAUGUGUCUGGUUCGCGGGAAGGCUCUACUAGUCCUACAUCGAGAAAGCGUAAAAAAGUGCGCAGAAGGAGUGUGGUCGAUACGAACAGCGUACUAAUAGAUAAUCAUGACCAGCAUUCAAAUUCCUCAUCACAUUCAAUUCACACGGCGUCUGGCACGAACGCUGCGGCCACCAGCGGUGCCUCCGGUGCGGCCGCCGCAGCCGCUGGAACUACGUCCUCGGUCGGAGCCGCGAGCAGCACUAGCAGCGCAAACAUGCUCUCAGCCGCCGCGGUGGCUGUAGCCGCCGCUAUGAAAAAGACUGAAACCGUUCAACAAGGAAAGGCCGCCGAGGUGCUCAAACUGCAGCUACAGAAGCAACAAGCAGCGGCUGCAGCCGCAGCCGCUGCCGCCGCAGCAGCAGCCUCACAGUCUUCCGACGAUGACGAACGGUGCGGCGGCCCAGCCAGCAAUGCUGCAACCGAGCACGAUGACGGAAACGAGCUAACGGACAACGAACAUGACGGCGACGGUGCUUCUUCGGUGAAAUCCUCCCGCCAUCACCACCGAGAGGCAGCAGAUGGCGGGGGUGGCCACAAGACCUCCACCUCAUCUGUUGGCGAAAUGUUGAUCGAGCCGAAAAACGAGUAUGACGACGUACAAGAUGAGAAUGUCGAAGAUCUAACGCUCGACGAUGAAGAGCUGCUGGACGAAUUGGACCAACCCGGACCCAGCCACGGUGGCGAUGUAUCUAGUCAAGGGUAUGCACAAUGGCCGUUGGAACGUGAGCAGAACGAAGCGUUUAUUGCCGCUCAAGACGCUGCUGGUGGACAACAUCGAGACGCACAAGGAAAACGAAAAGUGGUUGUAGUUACUCAAAAGCGUACCGGAUCCAACCUAGGCACGAAAACGACGAUUAUCGGAGGACUUGGUGCCAUUGCACCUGCAGGUGGGAAGAAAAUAAAAACAAUCACGGUGACCACCUCAGAGCCCGCAUUGUUGAUGGAAGAGGAUGAGAUUCCUAGUCCGACCGAGCAAAUUCAUCAUCAACAAUCCCGUCAAAGCCAAACAGAAAGGCAACACGCAUCAUCAACUGCUCAGAUUAUGAUGGAUGAAUCUGAUCAUAUGGUCUCACCGGAAACCGUAACUCAGACCGCUGGCCUUACGACAGAUGAUUGCACAACAUUACUAACCCACGCUACGCCGAUCGUACUGAACGACUGUUUACUCGAAAGCAAAAACAUUGUCGUUACGAAGAAGGAUAACAAUUACAUCCUCUUCACGGCGUCACCGAGCAUAUCGUCUGUGCCGGCAUCAACGACGGCUACGGUAACAGCGUCGGGAUCCUUGGUACUGCCAAUGAGGCGGAUAAACACAUCGGCAGGAACGGCGACUUUGUUGGCCACCGCUACCACGAAUGCCACGACCGUGAUUGAUACGAUGCGAAUUGAGGAUCUGCUGAAGAAGGAAAAAAUUAUCAAGCAAACGGAACUUCACCCUGAUGGUACCACGGCUACGACGUACAUAUUCGAUGAGUGCGAUAUCUUACCCAUCAAAACAACGAGUACUACGCAGAAGGCAGCUGUCGCGGUAUCUCCGGGAAUGGUUGGCAAACGGCUCGUCAGCACUAGUAGUAACAAUAGUAGUGCCUCCCCGUCUCUCGCUGCUAGUGGGGCAACGCUAGUAAAUACGACCGGUGGUGGUGGAUCGGGAACGACCAUUUCGAUCGUUAAGCUGGAUACCACCAAAGCUGGUGGUGGUAAUAAUAUCGACGAACUUAAACUCAGUGGGGUCGGAAGUAUUAACGUACCAGUGAAAAAGAUUACCAGCCCCUCCUUGGGUGCAAGCUCUACCGGAAAGUUUGGUCAUCCACGAAUCAAAUACUCACGUGCGAAAAAUCCCUACACCUCCAGCGGCGCAGCGACUGCAACUGGCGUGCUUUCGUCCACAGUAACCGUUCCCAUCUUAAGCAUCCCGACAGUAACUCCAUCUACCAUCCAGCUACAGGAAGCUGCUCCGACGACUUCGACGCUCACUGUCACCGACCGACCGCUGCUGAACUUUUCACUGUCCCGCAAACUGAGCACUGUUCAACCUCCACAGCAGCACGUUACGAUUACUGGCACGGGCGGAGCGACGGGCAUAACUACGAUCAAUGCCAUCCAGCAUCAGCUUCCUUUGCCACCUGCCUUGAGCUCGCGAGCUGGUGCAGCGGGUGGUGGUGCAACGGUCGGUGGCGGUACCGUUACACGCUACACUGUGAAUGAGUAUGAAGCUUCUGGUUCAAACACCUCCCACAGUGCCGACUUUCCGCCGGGUAUGAUAGACGAACUGGACUACUCCGUCAUCGACGAUAUUGAUUUGUCGGAUGAGGUUCAGAACAACUUCAGUAACGUGGUUGCCGCGGCAAGUACGAACAUCAGUGUCAGUCACCAACAGCAGCCACAACCAACGGCUCUUGUCGCUGUUGCCUCAAGCAAAGCGUCGUCGGAUAUGGAAAACAAUGGAUCUCAGAGCGAUGAUGACGGUGACGAUCAGGGUAUGGACGAAGAUGAAGAUGGACUUCUGCAAGAACCAGACGAUGAGGACAAUAUGAGCUUGUCGAAGGUGAUGAAGGUCAGAAAAUUGGAUAACAGCGGCGGCAAGUUGUUGAACACUACCGCAGUGGACAGCAAGUACGGGUUGCUUGCAAACACAAACAUCAUGAAAAGUUUCGAGUACACUGUAAACGAGUCGUCAUUGGUGAGUGACACCGACGAGGGCGAGAUGAGACAGUACAUUUGUCGGCAUUGUGGCAAGCGGUAUCGCUGGAAAUCGACCUUGCGUCGCCACGAAAACGUUGAAUGUGGCGGCAAGGAAGCGUCGCACCAGUGUCCGUACUGCACCUACAAGGCAAAACAGCGUGGCAAUUUGGGAGUGCACAUACGUAAACAUCAUGCUGAGAUGCCUCAGCUGGAGAGUCGCCGUAGAUCGAAUAAGUCACGUGACUCCAUGUAAGCCAAAACAUCACUGUGUACCUCUCCCUGUCGGAUUCUGUAGCAUGUUGCGUUGUUGUUGGUAGUAUGUUGAUGUACAAGUAUGUAUAUCAUCUCAUCGAGUGCCGAUUUUCUAGGCUACUCAUGCGCGAUCAUGACCACUAUUAAGGAUAGGGCUGUCGUGUGAGUAAUAUCUUACUCAUCGAACGACCAAUUUUGAAACUUCUCUUUUAUUGACACGCAACUUCAAGCUACAUCUCUCAACAGGUUAGUGGAGAAACAAUUCAUACAAGAAAUGUCGGGUAUUCCGAUAGUUUUUGAUUCUAAUUCUGAUUUCCGGCUAUUCAGUUGUCUACCGCAAUGGGGGUUCCUAAUUUCAAAACGUGUAACUUUCCGUUUGUAAGGUUGAAAUUGUGUCAGUGUGCACUUUUCAGAGUCAGUUUCCUAUCCUGAGUUUUAAUGGACGUAUGUUGCAUGUUUUCUAUCGAUCUUUUUCGAACUGGCUGAAGCAACCGUUUUUUAGUAUCAGAUUCAGGUAUCCGAAGGAUAUUGCCAUUUAUUUAAAGCGUUUGUUCAAGCGUGAGAGCCAAAUUUAUGCAAAUAUUCGUCUCUCCUGUUCAGUGAAAGAGAUUGAAUAGCUGCAUUAUUUUUAAAUCGUUUUGUCUGUGUAACUAGUGUCUAAGUCUUUAAAAGAAUUAAGUAUUUUACUAUUAAUCCACCUAUAUAUGAUACAUAUAAGAAGUGAGUGUUUUUGUGUGCAGACUUCCGUUAGCUCUAGCAAAUAGCUAAUUGGUUAGCUUCUCCUUUUGUUUGGUGUGGUAAUUCUACGCAAACCCAACACAUGCUUUCAUGCUUCUAGAAGUUUGUCAAGCCUGAAUUUUCAUUCAUAAGUUAAUUUUUAGUAUAUAACAAACGUUUUCUUCAAUACUUUGGUGGACAUCAUACUUUGUGACAGACAGCAUUUAAGUGAGUUGUUUUUUGAUAAUCAUCUACUUAUCGUUAUACGAUACAUACACAUCAUACCAGAUGCACCUGCAAUAAUUGUAGAUUUAAUUUGUAAUAAUUGUACGUGUAAUAUGCAGAAUGGUUAUUGGUAUCUAGAACCGGCAUAAGGUAUUAGGAAGUGGUGAUGUUUUCUCAAUGUACUUCAUUGAAACUUUUAACGACUCUGAUACUCUGGUAUUUACCUUUAAUUUGGUACUAAAUGCAUUACAGUACUGUGUAUGAUUGGAACGUCUACAUAGUUUACUGUAGAUUGUGUUUGAUUGGCAAUAGUAUAAAUGAUUUGAGGGAUAUCGCCACAGAAAAGUUCGAUAACAAAAAAUAUUUCUUCGUUCGAUAUGUCCAAUCUUUGUUUUGUCACAAAUGCUAUGUGUAAGAAAUUGACAAAAAUUGAACCACUGAAACUGAAAGAUUAAACAAGUAAUCGAUUUUGUAACAAAAAAACAGUCAAAAUUAAAGAAAGUGACGAAAACGAUGAGAGUAGCAUUGCGAACCUCAUGGAAAAAAAUAAGGAGAAAAAAAGAGAACCAACCGUUAGAAUUAUAUAAAACAAACGAAAAAAAACAAAGAUGAAAAUAACAUAUUACAAUGGUUUGGAAACUGGGCAAAAAGGAAAGCGAAAAUCAAAUGUCAUGUGCUCGAUGAGUACAAACAUUAGAAUUAAGCAAUUUUAGAAUAUAUAUUAUUUUUCAGCGCAAUUAUGUCCCGGAUUGCGUGAGUGAGCAUAAUUAUUUUUUGUAUAAAGUGAUUGUCACACAUUUUAUAUUACGAUGCUAUGCUAUAACUAUCUAUAAACAGCAAAGUGAAGCCAAAAAACGUCGAUGUGAAUAACAACAAAAAACGAUGGCUUAAUUCUGAUUAUUGGAGUGCGCAAACAUGUGCUAAUAGUUUAAAAGAUGCAAACACAAAAAAAAACAGAGAUAUUUUAAAUGAUUAUUGUUAUAAAUCUGAAAUAUUGGGCAACUUCGAUGCGCGUUGCUAUGUACAAUUUGGUAAAAGCGAUAGAUUGGAAAGAGAAAACAUUACUUGAUUAACAUACACUUAUGAAAACAACAACAUCAAUUCACAAAUGUAAGCGUAAGUUGUAAUGUGUACAAACAUGUUUGAAACACCUGGAAGCAAAAAGUAUAGAAUUAACUCUGUAGUGGAAGUAAAGUAAUAACAAGAAACCUAUAUUUGCAUAAGUCACAACACAUUUGGAAACGAAGAAUGAGUUAUUAGAACAAGCCAUGGGUUGAUGUUUAUUUUUAUUUGACGCUGAUUUUCUUUUAUGCAUCGACCGAAGAGAAGUCGUUGGGAAAUAUCACAUGUGUGCGUCAGUAAUACAGGAACAAGUGUUAUGAUGUUUGGAAUAAUAGAAGUGUGUAAGAGUGUGUGCGUGUGUCUGAGGUAUGUGUGUGUGUUGAACAAGAGAAAAAAGAGAGAUAGAGAGAAAAAGUGUCGAGCUCGGUCGAGUGUGUGUUUGUGUGGAAGAAACAUGGUUGUAAAACUAUGAUGAUGUGAUUAUUGUUUGUGUUGUGUUGUCUCAUAGCCUCAUGAAACAUUAAUUGUCGAUUUUAUGCUAUUAUUGUGCCCAUCGGUCCAUUCGCAUUUCUUUUCACAAUUACCUUUUCCUCCUACCU